AUGCUCACUGUAACCAAAUUGCCGACAAGGCCAUUCUUCGAUCAGAAGCCGGGGACAUCGGGGCUGCGCAAGAAGGUUAAGGUGUUCCAGCAGGAGAAUUAUCUCUCGAACUUUAUUCAAAGUACUUUUAAUGCCAUAAGGAAGCACGGGAUAACGCCUGACACCCUUGUCUUGGGUGGUGACGGACGGUACUUUCUCGCUGAAGCUAUUCAAACCAUCAUCAAAGUGGCUGCCGCCAAUGGGGUAUCAAAUAUUUGGGUGGGAAAAGAUGGUAUUUUAUCGACUCCUGCUGUGUCAAAUAUUAUUCGUCACCGAAGGGUUGGCAAUACUAGGGCGAAGGGAGCCUUUAUCCUCACAGCAAGCCAUAACCCUGGUGGCCCUGAGGAGGAUUUUGGUAUCAAGUACAACACAGAAAACGGAGGGCCUGCUCCAGAGAAAAUUUCAUCUGCUAUUUACGAAGAAACCAUUAGAAUUGAUCAUGUACUUAUCUGUCCCAAUCUUGGCCCUGUAAAUGUGUCAGAAAUGGGUGAACAUGUUUUUGACACAUUGAAGGUUUCGGUAAUCGACAGCACGGAAGAUUACGUACAGUAUAUGAAGAAAAUCUUUGAUUUUCAAAGCAUUCAAAAGCUGCUGCAUCGACCCGAUUUUAAGAUCCGUUUGGACGCUUUACAUGGUGUUGGGGGUCCGUAUCUAAAGAAAAUUUUUGUUUCCGUUUUUGGUCUUCCAGAAAGUGUCUUGUGUGGUGCUACCCCAUUGCCUGACUUUGGGAAGCAUCAUCCGGAUCCAAAUCUCACCUACGCGAAGGAGCUGGUGACUGCCAUGGGAAUGGAUUCAACUGGAACACCUCUUGCCGACGUUGUUGGUGAGGUACCAAACUUUGCGGCGGCCUUCGAUGGGGAUGCGGAUCGCAGUAUGAUUCUGGGCGAGCGCUUUUUUGUGACUCCAUCCGAUUCACUGGCGAUUUUUGCUGCAAAUGCCAAUGUUGUGCCGUUUUUUGCUCAGCAAGGUGGAGUUAAAGCGGUGGCGCGAUCUAUGCCAACGAGUGGAGCUAUCGACCGUGUUGCUGAAGCGCGUCACUUCAAACUUUUUGAGGUUCCUACAGGUUGGAAAUUUUUUGGAAAUCUGAUGGACAGCCAAGAUUUAUUUGGAGGCGAAAAUUACAAUCCCCUCGUUUGUGGGGAGGAAAGCUUUGGCGCUGGCAGCAACCAUAUACGUGAGAAGGAUGGCGUGUGGGCGGUGCUGUUUUGGCUUUCAAUCAUUGCAAGCAAAAACGUGGAUUCAUCAAAGCCCCUUGUAGGGGUAAAAGAGAUUGUUGAAGCCCACUGGAGAGAGUACGGACGGAACUAUUACUGCCGGUACGACUACGAAGACGUGACGGAGGAGUCUGCCAAGGCUGUGAUUGGAAGCGGCGCAGAAGCAGCGCCCUCAGGACAUCCCCACAUUACAAGGAAAACGAUGCGUCAAAGUUGA